AUGGCCAUCGAAACCCCAUUGUUAUUCAAGCCCGUUGGUGAUUCCGUUGACUACAAAGGCCGUCCGGUUUAUAGAUUCAAUUCUGGUGGAUGGAAAUCUGCACUUUUUAUUACAGGUGUGGAAGUUGCAGAGAGGUCUGCAUAUUAUGGGAUAGCAGGGAACUUGAUAACGUAUUUGACAGGGCCGUUAGGACAGUCAACAGUUACUGCUGCAGAGAACAUGAACGUUUGGUCAGGAACAUCAUGGUUGCUGCCUUUGUUAGGUGCAUUUAUUGCUGAUUCUUUCCUUGGUAGAUACAGAACCAUUGUUGUUUCAACGCUUGUCUACGUCUUGGGACUCGGCUUGCUGGCUCUAUCAGCCGUGCUUCCUUCUGUCCGCUCUUCUGACUGCCGAAGUUCCGAUACUAUUAGGUCAUGCCCACCUGAUCAGGUUCUCUAUUUGUUCUUCUUUGCUCUUUAUCUAGUAGCACUUGGACAAGGUGGAUUCAGGCCUUGUGUUCAGGCUUUUGGAGCUAAUCAGUUUGAUGGACAAGACCCUGAGGAGCGCAAAGCCAAAAGUGCACUUGUAAUUUUCUUACUUGGAACUAAGACAUACCGGUAUAGUAUCAGAAGGGAAGAGAAACAUGCGUUUCUGAGAAUUGGUCGGGUCUUUGUUGCAACCAUUAGGAAUUGGCGCAUCACUCCUUCUGCAAUAGCCUUUGAAGAAGAAGCUCAUAGAGCCCUACCUCACCAAAGUUCUGGGCAACUCAAGUUUCUGAACAAAGCCCUGUUUAACCCUAGUGACUUAAAGGAAGACAGCAAGGUUUGUAGCCUUAGAGAAGUAGAAGAAGCUAAGGCAGUGCUUAGGCUUGUUCCAAUAUGGACUACAUGCUUGAUAUAUGCUAUUGUGUUUGCACAGCCGACAACUUUCUUUACCAAGCAAGCCAGAACUAUGGAUCGAUCAAUUUCAGCAGACCUCGAAUUUCCUGCAGCUUCAGUUCAAUUAUUUAUUCCCACCACGGUUGCUGUUUUAGUCGCAAUCUAUGAUCGUGUAUUUGUACCUGUAGCCAGGGAUUUAACCGGGGAACCUUCUGGCAUUACAAUGCUUCAAAGAAUGGGAACUGGCAUGCUUUUAUCUGUUCUGGCCAUGGCGGUGGCUGCCCUAGUUGAAACAAAGAGGCUCAAGACUGCCCAAGAAUAUGGGCUAUUGGAUACACCAAAUGUGACAAUUCCUAUGAGUGUUUGGUGGUUAAUUCCUCAAAAUAUCUUGGUUGGUGCUUCUGAUGUGUUUACCAUGAUUGGUAUGCAAGAAUUUUUCUACGAUCAGGUCCCAACAGAAUUGAGGAGCGUGGGUCUUGCUCUUUUUCUUAGUAACAUUGGUGUAGGAAACUUUCUAAGCAGCUUUCUUAUCUCCAUCAUUAAUAAAGCAACUGGUGGGGAUGGUCAUGAUAGCUGGUUUGCCAAUGACCUGAACCGGGCUCACCUUGAUUACUUUUAUUGGCUACUGUCAUUCUUAAGUACAUCUGAUCUGUGGUGGGGAUUGGAGCCUAAUGACUCAUUCCCUAGCUACAUCUACCUUGGCAAAACCGAAGUUUACCCAAGAAAGAAAGACAGCCACAACAAAACCAAAUUGCGGUGGCUGACUAGUGGCUGCUAUGGUAAACAAACAACAAGGAAGGACAUGCCCGCCUCUGACCAAACUCCGGACGUCCAAACUCCGCUCUUAUACGACAUCGUUGAUGGCUCUGUUGACUUCAAAGGCCGACCAGUUUAUAGAUCCAAUUCUGGUGGAUGGAGAUCCGCAUCUUUCAUCAUAGGUGUGGAGGUUGCAGAAAGAUUUGCGUAUUAUGGAAUAUCUUCCAACUUAAUCACGUAUUUGACCGGUCCGUUGGGUCAGUCAACGGCUACUGCGGCGGAGAACGUGAACGUGUGGGCGGGCAUGGCGUCGUUGCUGCCGUUGUUAGGUGCAUUUGUUGCUGAUUCUUUUCUUGGCAGAUACAGAACUAUCAUUAUUGCUUCCCUUAUCUACAUUUUGGGACUUGGCUUGUUGACUCUAUCAGCUGUACUUCCUUCCCACGCCGCAACUGACUGCCAAGGCACCGAUUUGCCAUGUUCUCCCGCUCUGUUUCAACUGAUUUUGUUCUUCUUUGCUCUCUAUUUAGUAGCGAUUGGCCAAAGCGGGCACAAACCCUGUGUUCAGGCUUUUGGAGCGGAUCAAUUUGAUGGACUGGACCCUCAGGAAUCCAAAGCAAAAAGCUCAUUCUUCAAUUGGUGGUAUUUUUGUAUGUGUUCCGGAACAGCAGUAACAUUGCUGGUAUUAAACUACAUCCAAGACAAUCUUAACUGGGGUCUUGGAUUUGGAAUCCCAUGUUGUGUGAUGGUUAUUGCACUUAUCAUCUUCUUACUUGGCACUAAGACAUAUCGAUAUAGUGUAAAAGGGGAAGAGAAAAGUGCAUUUCUGAGGAUUGGUUGGGUUUUUGUGUCUUCGAUUAGGAAUUGGAGAACCACUCCUUCUGCAAUAGCAUUUGAGGAAGAGUCUCGUGGAACCCUACCUCACCAAAGUUCUAAGCAGUACAAGUAA